GGGAGAUUGCCUCGAUGAAAGAUCAUACAUCUCUUAUACUCGGAUCUUCGGGCUAACCUUGAGCCAUGUACUGCCUGUAGCAGAUCGUCCUCGUCGAGAGUCACCGUCCGCAUCCUGCACCUUUCGCUGUGGCCCGCCCUUUUCCCCCCCCCUUUCCAAUCUCUCUUCCCUUGCAGAUAAGCCUGUUGCCGAACUCCGAGCUCUACUGUGUUACUCCUCCGCUAGACUGAUCAGUCCGCAUCCCCCCGCCCGUAGCCCGCUUCGACGAGCGAGUUCGUGAGGUCCCUUUCUGCUCCCGCUUUUGGAGGUCUCUCCGAGCCCCAGAGAUUCUUCGCGACCAUACCAAAGACCGGUUGCUGACCCUGUGUGCAAUCUCGUCUUUCCCAGGACGAGGAAAGGGGAGUGGGACCCGCCGCGGGUUUGCAACAUCAUGAAAGAUCUCGCGGUUUGGAUCUGCAAAACGAUGGCUCGCCAUCGAACCUUUCCCCUUUCACGUUCCACGGAAGUCCGACGUUCGAGGAUUCCUCGCCGCUUGGUUAGAGGCGCGGGAUUCUCGGACCGGCAGGACAGUGCUGUGUAAUGCUCGGGCACAGCGUAUCAAGCGCUUUGCUCGGUCGCCAGCAGACGGCGUGUGACAAUGCAGUUUUCGAACGGAUGAGACAUCACGUAAAAGAAAGCUUUCACGCAGCGGAUCACGGACACGGGUACGAUGAGAGCACGAUGAAUGACCUAGUGGUCGGCAGCAGUACAGCAUGUGUAUAUACAUAUGCAUACAUGGACGCACGCGCUUCCCCUGUGGCUAUCCACGUGUGUGAUUUUGAAGGCACAGAGACCCGCUCGUUCUCGCCCGUUCAACCCGUCGCUGUUUCAUCCACCAUCUCCUUCCACCAAGGUGCCGAGUCUGCAGGAGGAAUGUACGUGGGACGGCGUACUAUCCGACUGGCCGUAGCCGUCGACACAGCUCCGGCUCCGUCGCAGAAGACAAGGACGCCUUCAGACGACGGAAGGUUUGGACGGCCACGUGCGAGUCGAGCGUGUGUGCGUCGACGACGACGUCACGGACGGCUCCUGCAGAGCGCAUGUGCCUGAGCGGCAGCCACAAAGACGGCGAGCCGCCCGCC